AUGGAAGAUUUCAGAUCCAAAUCGUACGGCGAUGGAAGGAUGCAAAUUGAACCCUACUCAGCAGCAGCAGCACCUUCAAACGGAGCUACAGCUAGUGGUGUUUACGGAAUGCAAGAUCUGCGUUGUUACAGUGCUUCCUAUGCUUCCUCUGUUCAUCCAGCACAAACACAGAACCAGAUGAGUAAUAACAGCGAUGUUAAGUUCAAGAAAGGAAAAUCGACAAACGGUUCGGCUUCGAAAAGUUGGAGCUUUAGUGAUCCUGAGAUGCAGAGGAAAAAAAGAGUUGCUAGUUACAAAGUUUAUUCGGUUGAAGGUAAACUCAAAGGUUCGAUUAGAAAGAGUUUUAAAUGGAUUAAAGAUAGGUGUAACCGAGUUGUUCAUGGUUGGUAG